AUGGUGCCGCCGUGGUGGCUGCUGGUGGCGUUCGUGUUCGGCGGAGUAAGCGCGGCGUUGACGUCCAGCCGGGUGGUGCGCACCAAGUACGGUGACGUGAGUGGAGUGAUCGUCACUCCCGACAACCGGAGGCUGGACGCGGUCGAGGUGUUCCGGGGCGUGCCGUACGCCUCGCCGCCGGUCGGCUCGUUGCGGUUCAUGCCGCCCGUCACCGGUUCGCUGUGGUCCGGCGUCAAGGUGGCCGACCGGUUUGGCCCGGUGUGCCCGCAGCGGUUGCCCAACGUGUCCGACGAGACGGCCGCGCUUAAGACAAUGGCCCGCGGUCGCGUUCAGUAUCUGCGCCGCCUGUUGCCAUACCUGCAGAACCAGAGCGAGGACUGUCUGUACUUGAACAUCUACGCUCCGGCACAAGUGAAUUACGACAGUUCGGAGAAACUAACGUUGAAGCCUGUGGUGGUGUUCAUUCAUGGCGAGUCGUACGAAUGGAAUUCCGGCAAUCCAUACGACGGCACCGUCUUGGCCAGCUACGGUGGUCUAGUGAUAGUCACGAUUAAUUACAGACUGGGAAUAUUAGGUUUUCUCAAUCUCAAUUCUAAUCAGCAUCUCAAAUCGCCGUCCAACUACGGGCUAAUGGACCAAAUAGCAGCUCUACACUGGAUACAGGAGAACAUUGCCGUGUUCGGCGGCGACCCGACGAAUGUCACAUUGAUGGGACACGGCACCGGAGCUGCGUGCGUUGGAUUCCUAAUGGCUUCGUCGGCUGUACCGGACGUAUUGUUCCAUCGGGCCAUCCUGCUUAGUGGAUCUCCACUCAGUCCAUUAUCGCUGGUCAGAGAUCCAGUGUACUAUGGUCAUCAGGUUGCCAAACUAGUCAACUGCUCACCCGACAUGCCGCAUUUGCAUCUUCUCAACUGUUUACGAGACAGGCCACUUGAGCAACUUAUAAGCGCUCAGAUAAAUGUACCUGAGUUUACUACUGCAUUUGGCCCCAGCGUAGACGGAGUUGUCAUAGAUGUAGGGACAUCCGAACCUAGCCGGCACACAGCUCAAUCAAAUGGCCCAAAUAACGGACCUGGAAGUCAAAUGGAAGAUCCAAAUGAACUGGUGCUCGCAAACGGAUUCGGUUCAGCUAUAUUGGCUAAUUCAGCGACCAAGCAAAGGUUGCUUUCAAGACUAUCCAGAUUCGAUCUUAUGUUAGGAGUUGUACGAGCCGAGUCUUUCUUUGCCUUUACCGGCGACGACGUCCAAUACGGUAUCGAGGCUGAUCGUCGAACUAAAAUCUUGAAGACUUAUGUGAAAAACACAUACAAAUACCACUUAACUGAGAUAUUAGCAACAAUAGUUAACGAAUAUACAGACUGGGACAGGCCAGUACAACAUCCGGUCAACAUCAGAGAUGAGACUCUCGAAGCUUUGUCUGAUGCCCAAGUAGUUGCACCUGUGGUCAAUACAGCUGAUCUUCAUUCAGCAAAUAGAAGAAACUCUUACUUAUUUGUGUUUGACUAUCAAACCAAGUACGGCGAUUACCAACAAAGACAAGGUUGUAUCCACGGCGAAGAACUACCGUACAUAUUCGGCGCUCCUCUGGUGGGCGGAUUGAUGCAUUUUCCAAAGAAUUACACAAAGUCAGAAAUCCUGCUCUCCGAAGCCGCGGUUAUUUACUGGAGUAAUUUCGCCCGGACGGGAAAUCCAAACGAACCCCAGGACCAAGAUAUGUUGCACAAACAAGAACACGGCCGGUUCAAGAACAUAGAAUGGACCGCAUACGAAACCGUGCACAAGAAAUACUUGAGUUUAGAUACUAAACCCAAGUUGAAGAGUCAUUACAGAGCGCACAGACUGUCUUUUUGGUUGAACUUGGUGCCUGAGCUUCACAAGCCCGGCGAAGAUGUUCCAUAUUCCCAUCACAUGUUUCAGACCGACCUUCAAGGAAUGACUUUUAAACCCGGUGCGGAACGGACGACUAGAUUGCCGGACGUGUACUACAGAGGGGCACAGCCCCCGAUACUUAUGCAACAGCCUGGGAACAACAAGAAUUCCACCACCAGUAGUGCAACCGGUUCGGAGAACACUACCACGACUGUACUACAGCCGCCGCCGGUCGUCGUGGCGUCUUCGUCGUCUUCGGACCGCGGUGACGGCGCAGGAGUGGACGACGACAGACAACUCAAGGACGCGGCGGCCGGCGACAAAGACGACGGUCGGUCUUCGGCGGCCGACGGACAAGACGACGGCGGUGGCGGCCCGGGCUACGCGUCGUUCCCGUUGGCGCUGGCCGUGGCCAUCGGCAUUGGCUGUUCGCUGCUGUUCCUGAACAUUAUGAUAUUCGCCGUCAUUUACUACAACAAGUCGACGGGCGGCAGCGGCGGUCGACGGGACAGCAGAGACUCGGUGGACGGCGAUGGCGAAAACGACCGACAGGCAGACAGGAUGAGGAAAAUGAAAAAACGAACAGAAAACGGCGGCCCCAUGAGCAACUUAUGCUCUACCGGAGGAGCAACCGAGUUGCUGCAAAUGAUGGAAACUCGAACGGCCUCGUCACAACAACUGCAACAACAACCUCAUUCAAUACUGAAAAAGCCUCCUCCGCCGGUGUCGCCCACGCAGGUGGUGCAGCCUGCUCCACCGGAUCUCGGCGGUGGCAUGCACGUCGUACCGGUACACCUGGGUGGUACCGGCGGCACGAGUCAACGAGUCUCGCAGCCUCCGCCGGUUGAAUUCGCAGACGUGUCUCAGCUGUGUUACCGCGGUGCAAGCGGCGGCGGCGGUAGUGCGACCACGCUGCCCCGUCCACCGCCGCCGCCCAAGUGUCUCCGUCCGGACCAACAUCACCACCAUCACCAUCACCAUCAGCAACACGGUGGAACACUGAGGCGGCACGGACAAGCGACCGUGCCGGCUUGCACGUGCAUUACUGUGACGCCGCCGGUUCAGUCACAGGCACCGCCCGCGACGGAUCCGGCCAAAACGGUAGAGGAGCUGCACGUGUGACAAUCGAAAGGGGCGGGACACCGCCGUUCGUCGGACACCGAAAUCGACAGGCUAGCCAGCGAUCUGACCAGGAUUUGCGACCAACUCCGCGAAUCGUCCGCAACCAGACAGCCUGGAGACCUGUUCUACUUAUGACGUUAAAACAACUGCACCCUGUACAUAACACGCUAUUAUUAUUACAUUUUAGGACUAAUACAUUCUAUUAGUGUAUUAUACAUGUAUUGUAUAGUGUAUAGUAUACAUGAAAUAAAAUAAAAUAAUUUUAUUCUGAUGAAACCAUAAGUAAUAACUCGAUUUAACUUAGUUGAAAUGUAUGAUUUCUUUUAAAUUUUACUU